AUGUUUGAUCGUUUUACAAGUUUGUUAAGCCUGAUAAUCUUCUCGGCUAGUUUGGAAGCGUGCAGCAGAAGUCCAGCAUCUGGUAAGAUCUAUGAUUUUACGGUCACUGAUAUUGACGGUAAUGAAGUUCAACUGAGAAAGUACCUAAAUGAAGUUUGCGUAAUCGAACCCGGGACUGAUCAAGAAAUAAAACAGCGCGUGUUAGCGAAGUAUAAUGUGACAUUCGAUUUGUUCCACAAAAUUGAUGUCAAUGGUGAGAAUGCUAUUCCGUUGUACAAGUUUCUGAAACAGUCACUAUCGUCUUGGUUUUCCAGAGAAAUUGAAUGGAAUUUCGUGAAAUUUAUAGUUGACAGAAAUGGUACUCCUGUAUCUCGUUACAGUUCGAUAACUCCACCUAACAGUAUGGAAGCUGAAAUUCGAAAGUUACUUGGCCUUUCUAAUGAAUUAUAA